AUGAUCCACCUCUCGCUAGUCGCCCUCCUCUCCAGCCCGCCAGUGUGCUUCACCGCGCACGAAAAGACGACGCUGUUCUGCGAGGUGCCGCCCUCGGCCGACGGACCGGUGACGGUGUUCGACGACAGCGCUGUGGGCACACGCACACUGCACUGGCGCGCGGGCAGCGGCAAGCUUUGCACCUCGAAGUGGUGCAGCUCGUGCAUCCAGCGCGGAGCGGACGCGCGCGCCGGUAGCUGCCGCUCUGCCACCGCCAGCGGCUGGACGUUGGCCCAGUCGCGCUCCAACUCGCUCCUCCGCAAGCCCGCGGCGCUGUUGCUGGGAGGCGCCGUCCUCUCGCUGCCGGUGAUGGCGCUGCUGCUGUCGAUGCCGGCAGCAGCGCCGAGCGUUGCGGUGGCCCGCUACUUCGCCCAGCUCGAGGCCGUCCGCGCCACCCCGACCCUCGCGCAAGGUCCGGUGCUGCGCGCCGCCGUGGCGCUGCUGCAGUUUGCAGGCGCCUGGUGGUUCCCGCUCGUGGCUGCGCUGGGCACGGCGGUCAACCUCUUCACGCUCGUCCUCACCGCAGCGACGGUCGUCCUCUACCUCGCCGCAGUGCUCGGUCGUCCCUCUCGCUGGGUGUCGACUGCCCUCGCCAACGCCGUCGGCGCCGCCGCCGGCUCCUACGCGCUGCUGCUGCUGCUGCGCUCGCACGGGGAGAGCCUGUUGGCGGACCGGUUCGGCGCGGUGCUAGCCAACCCGUCGUUCGACAAGCUCAUGUCGGCGAUGCAGGCGCACGGCGCGGCGGGCAUGCUCGGCGUCUCUUGCUUGCCGCUCAUCCUCCACCCCGUGGUCCUCUUCGGGAGGCUGCCUCCUCGCAGCCGCGCCCCGGUGAUCGGCCUCAUCCUCGCCGGACGCACCAUCAAGUACCUCCUGAUGGCCUGGCUGACCAAGAACGCGCCCGGCGCUCUCCGCUUCUUCGGCAUCAAGGGCGAAGCCCAAGCCCCGCCGCCUCCGCCCCCUCCCCCGCCCGCCCUCCUCUGCCUCCGACACACUCCCCUCUCCCUCGGCCACCGGACAGGCGCGCUCUUUGACUUGGCGGCGAAGGCGAAGGCGGCGUGA